AUGGAGAAGAUCAUCUUCUACGAGGACAGAAACUUCCAGGGUCGAUUCUACGAGUGUGAAAAUGACUCCAGCGACCUGCACACGUACUUCAGCCGCUGCAACUCCAUCAGAGUGGAGGGAGGAUUCUGGGUGGUCUACGAGCGACCCAACUACAUGGGCUACCAGUACGUGCUGAGCCGAGGGGAGUACCCCGACUACCAGUACUGGCUGGGCAUCAACGACGCCGUCAGGUCCUGUCGCAUUAUUAGGAAUGUGGGGAAUUCGUGGAGGAUGAAGGUUUGGGAGCGGCCCAACUUCGAGGGCCAGUCGAUGGAGCUGGCCGACAACAUGCCGGCCUUCCAGGAGCGCUGGCACAGCCGCGACGUCCACUCCUGCAAGGUGUUCGAAGGCGCCUGGGUCUUCUACGAGCACCCCAACUACAGGGGGCGCCAGUACCUGCUGGAGCGGGGCGAGUACCGGCGCUACUCCGAGUGGGGCGGCAUGCAGCCCGGCGUCGGAUCCAUCCGCCGGGUCAAGGACCACUAG